AUGACUCCUUUCGGCGCCCUCAUCGCCUUUGUGGUCACAGCAAUCAGCGCUCCAUUGGCGACAGCUGAGUUUUCAUGGUCCAGCGUGUCGAAUAAGGACAGCCUACAGAAGGGAGAGGGCACGUUCUAUGGGCAGCAGGACGGGCAGGAUGCACAAGGGACCUGCAGCUACAACGAGAACUUUGCCAAUACAGUGAAGCUGCCCUGGAGCAGCGGCACUGACAUGACAAUUGCGCUGAACGAUGCCCAGUUCGAGAAUGGCAACGGCUGUGGGCUCUGCAUCAAGUUCAGAGGCACCGGCGCCGGCCUCGGCACCACACCACCCAGCACCACCGAAUGGAAGACCGGCUUUGUCAACAACAGGUGCCCCGAGUGCGCCUUCGGCGACAUCGACAUGAACUCGAGGGGCGACGGCCGCUGGAAGGUAGAGUGGUACGCGGUGCCCUGCAACGUUGCCGACACCCCCCUGCGCUAUGACAUCGUUGUCAGCUCCUACUACUGGUUCUCCCUUGUCGUCUCCAACACCAGGGUGCCCAUCGCGGGGGUGGAGGUGAAGCUGAACGGGGAGUGGUUGCCGCUCAAGCGCACGGUGAACAACCAGUGGCCCUACUACAAUACCCACGGGCCCUGGCAGAGCAGCUUCCCCAUGCCCAUCCGUGUGACCUCCGUUACGGGCGAGACCAUUGAGGACACCAUCACCUCUGCCAAGGGCGGCGACGGCGCCAAGCAGUUCUCCGCUGUCGGCGGCUCGGGAGGCAGUGGCAACACCACGAGCUACUCAGCGUCAGCGCCGUCUUCCUCCUCAGGCUCAUCUGGGUCUGGGAGCUCCUCGAGCCCCUCACCAAGCAGCGGCAGCAGCCCGUCGCCGGCUGCAGGGCCUUCAUCCUCUCCCGCCAAGGCCCCCUCCAGCGACAGCUCCUCACUGUCAGCUGACGGCAAGAUGUACAUCAUUGACUAUGGCCAGUGCGGAGGGAACGCGCUGGAGUGCGGCAAGGGGUCGACAACACCGUGCAUCUCCGCUCCCUGGCCGUCAGCCGCCUGCAAGAGCAGCGGCUGGACCUGCAAUCGCUACGACGACGGCCUCUUCCAGUGCCAACCUCCCAAGAGCCAGUCCGGCAGCAGCAAUACCAACUACGCCGCUGUCUCUGUCGGCGGCCGGAGGCUCUUAGGCGCGCACUGA